AUGGCUUCUUCCAUGACCUUCCAGGGAGCCUCUUCCUCAUCCACCUCUCCACGGCCUUACGAUGUAUUCUUAAGCUUUAGAGGCUCAGAUACCCGACAAAAUUUUACUGCUUAUCUAUGCAAGACUUUGCGUGAAAAGGGAAUCUAUACCUACAUGGAUGACAAACUUAGAAUGGGAGAUGAAAUUGGACCCAAACUUCUCAAAGCCAUUAAUGAGUCAAGGAUUGCAAUCGUUGUACUUUCUGAAAACUAUGCAUCAUCCCCAUGGUGCUUGCGCGAACUCAAGAAAAUCCUUGAGUGUAUGGAAACAAACCAACAAACAGUCAUACCAAUGUUUUACGAAGUAGAUCCAUCGGACGUACGGUAUCAAAACAAGAGUUUUGGUGAAGCAUUGACCAAACAUGGAAGCAGGUCGAUGAUAGUACUGUGGAGCACUGGAAGGCAGCCCUACAGAAAGUGGCCGAUUUGUCCGGCAGGCAUUUGGUGA